CAGGGACCUACUGAUCACGUUGCUGCGACAAGGAGAUGGCCGGCGAAACAGGGAGCGUCGGUGCGGAGGUGGUACUUCAUAAACCCGCAUUCACCGACGAACAGUGGCAGACUUUUAUCAAACUAAUGGAAAAUUGUAAGGCUACCUCCUCCGGGGAAAAGCUCACAGGUAUGAAUCCUGAUAACGAGUGGCUUCUUGACUCAGGGGCCUCGUAUCAUAUGACAGGAAAUUAUGAUGUAUUGAAGGAAUUGGUGCAAAUUGCACCUGUGGCAGUAAUAUUGCCAAACGGAGAACAUACUGAGGCAACGCAUGUAGGGAGUGUGGCUAUCAGUACACGUCUGAAAUUAAUUCAUGUUUUACUAGUGCCUGGACUUAAAUGCAAUCUGAUUUCCUUGGGGAAAUUAAUUGAUGACCGAAAAUGUGAUAUAUUUUUUACUAAUGACAUAUGUGUAAUACAGGACCUAUCUACGAGGAUGCCGAUUGGAGUGGGUGAACGACGAGGGGGAGUUU